UUAUACUUUUAUUGGAAUAUGGUAAAUACACUAAUCCAUAAUGUUCUCGUUUCCUUUACGCUAACUUCUCCGAAUCUUUGCUUUUCCGUUACUAUAAAUACUUAAGAAGACACCAUUUCUUCUCAUUCAACAAACAGACAUCUCAUUCCCUUAUUCAGAUCAUCGGUCUCAAAGCUUAGUCGUUUCCUUUCUUCUUAUAUAUUCUAGCCAUGGCUCAGACCGUUGUCCUCAAAGUUGGUAUGUCAUGCCAAGGCUGCGUUGGUGCCGUCAAUAGAGUCUUAGGCAAAAUGGAAGGGGUUGAGUCAUUUGACAUUGAUAUCAAGGAGCAAAAGGUGACAGUGAAAGGUAAUGUUGAGCCUGAAGCAGUUUUCCAAACAGUUUCAAAGACUGGAAAGAAGACUUCUUACUGGCCAGUGGAUGCUGAGACUGAGCCAAAAGCCGGGGCAGAGCCUAAGGCCGAGGCCGUGACUGAGACUAAAACCGAGGCUGAGACUAAGACUGAGGCUAAGGUUGAUGCAAAAGCUGAUGUUGAACCAAAAGCCGCAGAAGCCGAGACUAAGCCAUCACAAGUUUAAGUAUACUAAAGAUGAGAAGGAAGGCUAAUCUACCUUUACAAUGCUUCUUUAUCUUUUGCUUGUGACUUGUGUUGAGUGUGUUGUUGUAAGCAAUGCUUUCUCUAAACACCUAAUAUUUUCAUGUAUACCUUUUUCAACCUUUGAUAAGAAGAUGUUGGACCCAUGUUGGUCCGACUUUCUUUUAUAAUAAGUUUAAGUGUUUUACUUACUAAUUAAAUAUGCGAGAAUCUUAACU